GAAUUUACCGAAAAGUAAAUUCGGUAAAUUUCGAUAAUCUUUGGUAAAUUUCAGUGAAUUCGGUAAAUGAAUUUACCAACAAUGGGCACCGAUGUUUUGUUGCCUAGUCGGUUGUUGCAUUGAGAUAACAAAAUUGUCAUUUCGUUGAUUAGAUUAACUUAUGUGACUUUCAAAAGUUGAAUAAAAAUUGCGAAAUUUAUUUGAAACUGGCGAAAUCAGAAUUCAGUUUAAUUUGAGAGCGUGAACGUUGAACAUUCUGCUUGAAGAUAGAAAAACAGCGAACUUUCGGCUAUUUAGAUAACGGUAACGGUCGUCGUUGAUAUUAUAUUUGAACAUUGUUGCAACGAAAUAUUUCUAGGUGCCAUUGAAAUAGCCAUUUAUGACGACAAAUACUUUGAUCAAUGUGCGAUGGUCUUAGAAUCGUUUUACGACAAUGCAAGUGUCUGCCAGAGGAGAACUGACAUCGCUGUGCAAAGUGAUGGCGAAGGAUGGCGUGUCUAUAGUGGCUAGAGAUGUGCAGUUGGAUAAAAUCAUUGGCGUCGCGUUUAACAAAAUUCAGAUCAAAGGCAAUCCCGAUGAACCAUCCGAGUAUUUCAUGUUUCGAAAACAAAAUACGAACAGCGAUCAUGGAAAGAUGCUUCUGAAAAUAAUGAUGGAAAUUGAUCAAUCGAUUGAUUGCUACGAAUACUUUGAAACAGAUUGCAUCUUCGAUUUGUCAUUUCUUUGCACAAUUCCAGGAUAUGCGCGAAAAUCGGUUGGGAAAAUGCUGACUUUUUAUUCAGUGGAAUUGGCUAGAGAGUUGAAGAAUGGCAAAAGUUUGAACUUACUCCCGGAACAUUUGCGCUCAAGUAAUCCCGUACCGGGAGCGAUAACGGCAGUGUUCUCGUCAAAUUAUUCGCAGAAAAUCGGUUUCGAUUUGGGUUUUGAAACAUUGUCCAAAUGGUCUUUCGCUGACUUUGAGUUUAAAGGAAAACAACUGUCUGAACGCAUUACCGGAGGUCACGAGACUAUGAUUUUAGUGGGAUUGAGGCUAUGAUUUUGUCAUUGGGAAAAUAAAUUUGUUUUGAAUUAUG